UUUUUGCUUGUGUAGUGGAUGACGGAUAAUCGUGCUAUGCAAUGAUCCUUGUAGGCAACGAACUACUACAACCGAUGGUACUGUUAACCGUUGCUUGCCCGUCUCUUGUCGAUUGACGAUAUCCAUCGAGCUGUCGCUUCCUUCCUUUCGCUCCUUCAGCAGCACGUGGACCUCCAUCCAGUCUCUCUUUCAUCACCAAUCAAGAUGUUGUCCAUACUCCCAACGAUCACACUCCUUUCGCUGCCAUUUCUCGCCGUUUGUCAAUCUGCGUCUGAUGGCUACAGUGGCUACAAGCUCGAUGUCCGAGAUGACGGCGACCCAACCGCCGUUCUUUACGAGACGGAAAACACGUCUUCGUCUAAUAUCUCCGCCUUGAAUCCUGUGCCAGACGUCCUGCUUAACGCAUCGGUUCACGUUGGCGAAAUCUUCAUUGGUGUCGACAACCUCACUGCGAAGAUCAACCUCGACGCACAGGUACUCCAGUUGCUGCAGUUCAACGCCGGAGUAGACCUUUCCGUCGACAAAGUCACGCUCCUUAUCCAAAACGUCACAGCCAAAGUCUAUCUCGAAGCACGUCUUGGUAACCUCGUCUCUAUGGUCAGCGACGUACUGGACAGCAUCGACCUCAACCCUGUUAUCGCGGAGCUAGGAAACGGCCUCGGAUCCAUCAUCAACGACACCGCUGGUCUUGUUGGCGACGUCGCUGGCGGACUUACAGGAGGAGGCAACGACACUGCGCAAGCCAAGGCAAAGCGUGACCUCGACUUCCAUCAGUGGGAUCUCCGUAACAACAUCCUCUAUUCUAUCAACAACUUCGAAGGCAACACAAACAAGCGCCGCGUCCUUGCCCAAAACGGCGAUAUCGUAGAGCAAAUUCUCGACAACUCCGGCACUAUCUCUUCAACGAAUGUUGUUGGUGAUUACCUCAAGAACAUGCGCUUUAAUGGUUUCAACGAGAGCGUGACAUUCAAGGGUGAAGAGGUUUGGGAGGAAGAAUAUGUCUAUGAGCCUUUCAUGGGGCUGUACUCUGUCUCGGGUGUAUUCAAGAGCAAGAGUACGGGAGAAGUUGUUGGCACGCAACUUCUUGCUGAGGCUAGAGGGGGUGGAAGCGCCAGUAUUGGAAACGAGAAGGCGUAGAAUUGAACACUAUCACGCUCAUGUAGAGAUUUUACCUAUUGAAUGUAAUGUUUUGAAACAAACCACU